UCCAGGGUGAGUUGGGGUGGCGUGUAGCAUUGAUGGCAAACUUUUGCUCUCAGACACGAAAACAGAAAAAACAGUACAAAAACUGCAAAGGGUUUUUACUCUGACCUGUGAACCUUCAAUCAACGCCUCUUCCCAUUCUCUCUCUCUCUCUCUCUCUCUCUCCUCUCUUCUCUCUCUCUCUCUUGUUACUCAGUCAGUUGUACCCACAUUCAAAGGAAUUGGAGUUGUCUGGAAAUUUUCAGAUUAAGGAUGAUUAUAUUUGUUUCAUCUUUUCCGGUGAAAUUGACGACGAAAUGCGACUAAUUUAACCAAAGGCGAAAAUAAGAUGGUUCGACGAGUGGUAGCACCUGAUUCGUGCGGGAAAAAUCGUGAGGCAUUUCGUGAAAAGCAGAAAGAAGUUUCACCGAUAGUCACUCGAUUCAUCAAAAUCAUGAUAGGCAAAGACCAUACAGAAGUUCUGUACUUGCCUCGGAAAUUUGCUCGAAAAGUUGUGCACUUGGCUAAUCAAGAAACUGAAAUCGAGGAUUCAAACGGGGAAAAAUGGCCCGUAACUUUUUCGUACUUCGAUGGUUCACUUUCGCUCCAUAAGGGGUGGAACAGGUUUUAUCAAGAACAUCGUAUGGAAAUGGGAGAUUUCGUCGUAUUCAACUACAAAGAGGGAAGCCACUUUGUUGUUCAAAUAUACGGGAGAAACGCCUUAGAGAGAAUCAACUUCAACAAAGUAAGGACACGAGAGAAUAAAAGGCCGAGGCCGGACCCACCAGCAUUCCCCCAAGAGGAGGAACCGCUUAGUGGACCGGAUUCUCGUAAACGGAAAACCGAUCCAGUGGAGAAGAAAAAUGCUGACGUGGCAGAUCUAACUUGCAUGAUUGAUCUAACUUGCAUGGUUGAUAGAGAUAACGUGCACUAUGAAAGAGAAGACAGGGGUUUUUUAUUCGAUUUAUCGAACUUCGAGAUGAAGAAAGAAGCGCUCGACCCAAACAAGAUUGUGGGUCCCGUUCAAAUGGAUGUUGAGAUUAACAAGUUGGACACGAAUGAAGAAUCUUCUCGUGCUGAAAUGGAUGUGAUUUGUGAGGGCGAUUUGGGAAACGGGUUCGGCGGAGAAAUAGCCCCGCGUGAUGCUGAAUUUACGGUGGAUGCCACUCCAAUCAAAGGCGAAGAAAUAGCCUCGUGUUAUGCUGAAUUUACGGUGGAUGCCACUCCAAUCAAAAGCGAAGACGUAGCCCCCUGUCAUGCUCAAAUUACGGCGGAUGCCACUCGAGUCGAUGUGCAUUCUGAUAAGUUUCUAGCGGAAUCUUCCGAUAAAAGUAACUCGUGCAAGAAUGCGAUCGACAAUAUUAUUUCCAGCUUCCGUGAUGUGUUGGAAAAGAGCGAAGUAUUUGCUGGGAAGGAAUAUGCUUCUCCAUUCGCCAGCUCAGCGCUCAAAGAUCUAUUUGGUAAAUGCGCAAUCAAGAAAGAGCUGGUAGAGGUGGAAGAUAUACCCGAUCGUUUUCUUGGAGUAUCUUGUGAUGCAGAAAAGGUGACCAGUGCUCCUCUAGUGGUAAAACCCGAGCCUGAUUUGCUAUACGAUGCAGUCCCGUUCGGUGCCAUCGGUCAAUUUUCAGCAGUCGUAAAAAGCCUAUCGUUCCUGGAGUUGCCGAUUCACAUUCCAUCACAUCCGACGAGGAGAGAGAGCGGGUACGGGAAAUUUGUACGGGUGAGAGAUCCAAUGGGAAGGCACUGGAUGAUUCUCAACCCGGCAAUAUUCUCUCUGAAAGCAUUGACCGGUAAUUGGACCGAAUUCUGCCUAGCAAACGGAAUCAAGCUGGGAGAUGAGUGCAGGUUCAACCCCAAAAUGAUGAUCUCUACACUUACAGGGUUGAUAUUGUUCGUAAUUAAUGGUGAAUUUUUACGCGGUUAAGAGUUGCUUUAUUGAAAAAAAAAAAAAAAACCGAACGAACUUGGAACGGUGGAAGUUUUUUUUUUUUUUUUUUUUUUUUUCUAGGUUUGUUGUUUUAAUUUUGCUGUUGUGAAUUUGAUGUUGUAGGAAUUUCAAGACUUGUAAGGCCGUGUUUGGAUUGUUGUUUUUUGGACUAAUGUGCACACCAUUGUUUGUUUUUACUUUCUGCCUAUAUUUGGUUACUUUGAUUGAUUGUUUA